AGCCGUUUUGGCUACAGGCGGGCCGCCCAGUCUCGGCGCUGGGAGGGGAUGGUCCCCGCGGCGGGCCGCGCCCCCCUCGAGGCAUGGUAGCCGGCGGACCCCGCAGCCAUCCCGAGCGCAGCGGCCAUGGGGGACUUCUCCUUCGACUUUGAGCCGGACAUUGACGCAAAGGACGUCCUCAGGAAAACGAGCCUCAAGGAGACCGGCCACAGCUCCACCGAUGGCUCUGCGGGGCGGGGCAAGCACACCACCGUGUGCAGGCACUGGCUCAAGAGCCUGUGCAUGAAGGGGGACAAGUGCGACUACCUGCACAUAUGGGACUCGAACAGGAUGCCUGAAUGCCACCAGUGGCUGCGGCUGGGCAAGUGCACCGACCCGUUCUGCGUCUUCAAGCACGUCGACCCCAGCGAGCGGCCGCUGUGUCAGCGCUACCGCCUCGGCUUCUGCCGCCUCGGCGUGAUGUGCCGCAGCCGGCACGAGCGCCUGCCGCCCGAGGAGCGCCCGGAGUUAUUGCCGGACUUCUUCCUCGACGCGCUGCUGCUCAACCCGGACCUCGUGCCUAGGUCCGACGAGGUGAAGCUUACCGAGUCCCGGGCCCGCCGGGGCGCCUCGUCCAACGAGCUGGCCCUGGUGCCCGUGGACGCCGUCACCGAGCAGGGGACCAUACCCGGCCUGCCGCCCCCCAUCCACGGGAAGUGCCGGUACUUCAUGGUGCGGUCGAUGAACACGCGGAACAUCCAGAUCUCCAUCGCCAAGGGGAUUUGGGCCACCAGCCACGGGAAUACCGGGAGGCUCCGGCAGGCGUUCCGCGACACCGACCACGUCGUCCUCAUCUUCGCCGCCUCCGAGAGCCGCCAGUUUCACGGGUACGGCAGGAUGGCGUGCGAACCCGACGGCUCGCUGCACACCGGCAUCUGGGGCAACGAUUUUGCAAGGCUAGGCCCCAAUUUCCGCGUGCACUGGCUGAAGCAGUGCAUGGCGA